AUGUUGCUAUUGGAUAGUCCACGGAAACAAGUUGUCCUCAAACAAACGCUAAACGAGGGGCCUGUUGUCAAGUUGCAGGCAUCUCUGGAAAUUUGGUCGCCACUUCAGCUAUCUGACGCCGAAUUUGAUUCAGAACGAACCAAAUCCAUGUUAGACCGUUUCAAAAACGACGCUGGACAUGACUAG